AUGUGGAAAACUCUCCGGGACUUGUGCCACAUGAUUCCCAUUUUGCUCCUGGCGAUCGCUGCGGCUUCGGCUGAGAGCUGCAACGAUGAGGGCUGUGGCGUGAACUUCCUCCAGUCCGCAUCGCGGCUUCAGCGCACGGACACGGAGGAGUAUAUUUGGCCCUCCGCGCGCGGCAGCUUUCCCUUUGUGGCCGUGGGGAAGGACUCAGGUCCCUUCCAGGUGAACACCAGCCUGGCCUGGUCUUGGCACCACCCGGAGGGCCGGUUCCAUACGCUGACCUUUGGCACCGUCCUGGACCACGAGCAGAACGUCUACCUCGCCGCCGCCGACGGGCUCCGGAAGUUCGACCCCCACGGCAAGGUGCUGUGGGAGCACAAGAGCCUGCCGGCGCACAUCAUCAACUCCCCCGCCAUCUACCAGGGGGCCGUCUAUGCCACUGACACCUUCGGGGGUGUGCGUGCGGUGGACAUGGUCACUGGCGAGAAGCUUUGGCACACGGAAAUGGGAGAGGCGGUGGGGGACGACAACGGCUUCAACGUGGUCCAUGGUGGCGUGGUGGUGACCGCUGCGGACUGGCGGGCGCCGGCGCCCACGUUUCUGAACGCGGCCAAUCAGAAGAUCCGGGCGUUGAACGCCAGCACCGGCGGGAUCCUUUGGACCUACACGCCUGACACGACGCUCUGGAACUUCCUGCCGCUGUUUCCGGAUGAUAAGACAGUGGUCUUCCAGGACAUGAGCGGCCGGGUCUACCGCCUUGGCCUCUUUGACGGUCGGGAGAUUUGGAAGGCCGGAGGUAUCAAGAACACCUGGACUGAUGGCUCGGCGGCGCUAGGCAGCAAUGGCCUGGUAUACAGCGUGAGCAACAACUGGCCUUCCCUCCUGGGAAUCACAAACCUGUCAGGGCUUGCUUCGCGGCAUUUGGAGACAAGUCCAGGCACUUUGAGUGCCUACGACCUGGACGGGAAUCUGAAAUGGAAGGUGACAACUCCGAAGCCGCCUAACAAUGCGCCUGCUGUGGGUAAGAUCCACGGAUGGGAUGGCCUGUCAGUGAUCAUGCCGAUCUGCCAGCAGGUGCAGCAAGGCGCAACUUGCGACGUGCACGCUUACGACGCGGAGAGCGGAAGGCUGCGCUGGGUCUUCAACGGGCCGACGCAGAAGGGGCUAUGGCAGGCUGCAGAUUUGGAGGGCAUUGGAGAAAGAGUGAGCUCCGGUAUCCAGAAAUGGUGCAUGCCGAAUGGCUGGAGCGCUCCGUCCAUCGGGGCCGACGGCACGGUGUACCUGGGCAGCGAGGAGGGCCCCUUCUUCGCGCUCCGAGAUGCUGACCGAGACGGCAGGGUGCUCGGGGAGCAGGAGGCAGGAGAUGCGAAAAAGAAAAAAACACGUUGCGAGUGA